GCGAUAUGGCUUGGAGAUUAUGCUUACUUUUGCUUGCGUACAUUAUCUCUUGGUUGGUACCGUCGAUGUGUCUUCGGAUUCAUGCGUCGAGUGCUUCUCUUGAUGUCCGAGCAGUCCAAGACUUAGCGAAGGAUUUCAAGCUCCAGCUCAAGGAGCUGCUAAUAUCCCCGGACGCUUCGAGUGUCUCUUCCUCUUGGCCAUUGCAGAAGAAACCCUCGCCCUGCUCUUGACACACUGGUAAAACCGACGACAGCAAGCCAGACGACGAAAUGGGCGAAGCAGACCAGAAAUUGUGUAAAAUCGUCCUGGAUGCCACGCAGGCAAUUCUUGACAAGGGCCCAAUUGAUGCUGAUACGAACCUCUUCCGACUCGGCCUGGAUUCGAUUUUAGCCAUCCGGUUAUCUUCGAAGUUGAGACGCACAGAAGUACCACUCGCCGUGAACGACAUCAUGCAAGGCAAGACCAUCGCGGAGAUGGUAGCAAGAAUGCGCCAGGCUCUGCAGCGAAAGGAACGGAAGCAGACAUCAACAAAGCCUCGACCGAACUUGCUUGACAGUGAACAGGAAACUGCCGCUAUUCAAGCAUUAGGCUGAACUCCUAGCCAAGUAGAGUCCGUUUUGCCUAGUCUUUCUGGCCAACAAGAACAUCUCGCCUACUGGAUUCAUGCUGGUCACCGAUUCUUCAAGGCCCCAUGGAUAUACAAAUUGAAGACAAAGCCAGGAGGAGUCUCUGGGAGAUUUAAAUGCCCCAUACUCGAAAGAAUGUCGUGCCGCAAAAGCAGCAGGCAUGCAACAGGGAGUUUUUGAGAUGAAACAGGAGAUGUGAAGGGUACAUUCUUGAUUGCAGCAAGCCCAUACCAUGAUUUCUUCAAUCCAAUGCUAUCGCUUCUACAAG